GAUCAUCAAUACGCUGUUCAGCUUGGAUACUCGAAGACGGCAUAUGCCAGACUGCCGGACGCAUCAUAACGGCAGGUGUACAAGACAAUACAAGCACAUUAAGUCGCUUUGAGCGUACCACUAAGAGGCAUAGGUUUAGAUUGGCAUCCUACACAAGGAACAAUUAUCCGCCACAACGGCAUUACUCUCCUGAGAUCUUCGGCAGUCUACGUGCAUGCGAUGAUCUCUGAAACGAUAUAUAACCCUCCUAUUUAGUCAUAUCAAGGUCUCGAUACUUUACGAGUAGCCUUCGUUGCUUCUGACAGAAUGCACUUCCCAUCUGAUCCAUGGCUGACGGCUACAGUCGGAAUACUUUCAGCUACUCAAUCAUCGGCCGAAUGCACGCGCGAAGGUCUUCUUGCAGCCGCAGACUCCUAUCUAGCGGCUCAGGUUGCGGGCUCUCCUAACAGUCUCAACCUUGCGCCCACGAACUUCACAUAUCUGCAAAACAACAAGGCUUCCGACAUUGCGACUGGCCUUCUUUCAACACCCUUCGCCAUCGACCUCAAUCGCUCCUCCACCGAUACCGAAGCAUGCGCCAGCUACACGAUGUGGAUCAGUGCGUCCGGGAGCAAACCCCAUGUAGUUAGCACACAGAUCCGCCAUCUGGAUAACGACACGUCGACCAUCAGCUCCAUCGAUACUGUAGCGGCUACAACCGGCGACCUGUUUUUCGACGCGAAGAAGACUCUUUCCUACAUCCGCGCCGAAUCGUGGUCUACACUUCCAGCCGCCUCGCGACCCUCACGUUCCCUCCUCAAAUCUGUCGGUGACGCCUACCUCGACAUGUGGACGAAUGCUACUGCCGCCGAUACUAUCCCCUGGGGCACGCAAUGUGAAAGGGUGGAGGGAAGCAUGUACACAAUCCCUUGUGGAGCGAGUCUUCCGCACGGAGGGAGUCAGAAGGCGAAUGGUAUGAGACGAUACGUCAUCGAUGAGAGUGUAGGUAGUGUGCAGGUCAGUUGCCAGUUUGAUAGCUUGGGAGCUUGGCCGGACAGCCACGAGAUAAGGGUCCAAGAGGGGAAGGUGAGGUAUGUUCAUACUGUUACUGUACUGAGGGGUGUCGGUGCUUGAGGUAGGCUAUGGCCUUUGCAUCGUAGUCAUUACA